AUGCGACUAGGACAACAGAAACAAGUACAGCGUCCUCUUCAGAAUGAGCUCGUCACUCUACACAAGUCCCUCGGUGGUGACGUUUUGGAACAAGCAGCACGUAUCCUUGAUCACUUUUCUGCCAUGGAGAACAGCAAACUUGAGAGGGGGUCUUUGAAUAUCCCUACGCACCUUAGUGACAAGCUUCAAGAGAAAUGCGAUCAGUUUGAGACCGUGUGUGACCAAAUCUAUUAUAUCCUGGAACAAUCCAAACGCGUAUUACAGCUGGAUUGGCAACAACAAAAAUUGGCUGAACGACAAAAACCCGAGCAACAGGACCAAAAUGCAUCACAAUCAGGAGCGAAUCAUGCCACCGUAUCCACAGCACCCGAUGAAGAUAUGGGCACUGAUUUGACCCUUUCGAACGUGGAUCUUACUGACAACGACGCGAUGGAAGAUAUCCAGCGUGACAAUGAUCAUCAAACAAACGACGUGGUGAUGGAAGAAGAAGAGGAUAUGGAAGAAAUGCUCCAGUUACAGCGAGAACGGUUGGAUAGGUUACGCAAUGUCAUUGUACAUGGUGUCGAUGUAGAAACUAUCAAAGCCAGUCAAUCCCAAGGCAAAGACGACAUCCUCUUUUAG